AUGCUGGCAAUUGUGUAUUCGAUUUUGGUGCUGUUAGCUGUCGCCACUCUAUGCGCUGGACAGUGUCCGGCAGUAAAUGCGCCCUGCUACUGCGUGCCAUCGGUAUACGAGCCGGUUAGCAUCGUGUGUGACAACGCUCCGUCGUUGACGGCUGUUAUUUCGGCCAUAAAUUCCGCGAGGUCGGUGCAGAUCGACGUUCUGGUCAUCACCAAUACACAGAUUCCUGUCUUGCCUCCGAACGCGUUCCUCGGCUUCACGAUUACGCGGCUUGUACUGAACCAAAAUCAGAUGGGUGACAUCAGCCCCGGAGCGUUCGAAGGAAGCAUCAAGGAAUCACUGUUGGAGCUUGACCUGAGGCAAAACCUCCUCGGCAGGGUACCACAAAACGGCGUCAGUCAACUAACGAGACUGAACAAACUCGCACUGGCACGCAACCGCAUCCGUCAGCUGUUGCCUCAGAGCUUCGCCAAUUACGCUAGCAAGACAUAUCUACGGAAGAUCGAUCUGUCGGCAAACCAGCUGUCAACCGUAGAACCGACCCUCUUCUACGGUCUGAGCAAUUUGGAGGAAGUCAGCUUACAAGGGAACUCACUGACGUAUAUUCCGACUGUCGCGUUCAGGGAUCAACGCACUAUCUUAAAGAACUUGAACCUUGGCUCCAACCAGAUCAACAGUGUGCCCAUUGACAGUUUGAACUUUCCCGCCCUAGAAUCGCUUAGCUUGGAAUUCAACCUGCUAUCGAACAUUGCGCCGGAAGCCUUCAGGGGCAUUCCAUCGCUGCUUUCCCUCUACUUGACCGGCAAUCGCUUCAACCAAUGGUAUCCCGAUAUGUUCCGAUACGUUGGGAGCCUUCGUAACCUCGGAAUGGGGGAAAUGCCGAUCACUCGAAUUCAAAGCAACGCUUUCCAGUACAUCCCUAGCCUCGUAAAACUCGAAAUGUCGGAAGCAGCGGUGAACACGAUCGACGUUGGCGCAUUUCAGAAGACUCCUCACAUACAAGCAGUCAUCCUGGACAAAAACAGACUUUCAAGAAUACGCGGAGAUAUGUUUCGUGGACUGGCUAAGCUGAACACAUUGAACUUAGCCGGAAACAAGCUGAACGAUGUGGACGAUGGAGCCUUCGCAAGUCUGCCAGGCCUUCGAAACUUGGACAUAAGCAACAACAACUUGAAAGUAAUCUAUCCGGACACAUUCAGUGGUACUUUCCUGCCAACGCCUGAGGCUCGAGUCUUAUAUUUAUGCGAAAACCCAUGGGCUUGCAACCAGUCACUGGCAUGGUUUCGACAGUGGCUGCGUGAUAAUCCGAGUAUCAUAAUCGACAAGCAAAACUGUUUAGCGGUGUGUCGCAGUCCCGAAUAUCUGCUGGAGCUGCCUCUACGUAGCGAAGACUAUUUGCCUACAUCAAGCCAUUCGCCAACGGUGUCGCCGGAGCCAUAUAGUCCACUUGGCAUGCCAACGUUAGGCUGGAUCAUUUUAGCUGUCAUAUUGGCCAUACUUUUAACCUCGAUAUUUCUGUUGGCGAUUGUUCGUUACUUCGUGUCACGAAAGCAUAAAGAGCAAAAGGAUCUUAUAGAUGAACAGAGAAUUUUGAGCUCUGCUGCAAGCGGUUAUAAUCCGGGAUCCAUGGUCGGAACAGCGAAUCCAGGAUCAGCGGUAGACUUGGAUUUACCACCUGCAACUACUCUGGAAGAGCGCAGAACUUACUGGGAUUAUUAA